AUGGCGAGUCGCAUACACGCAACGCCGAUGGACUUUCAGUAUGAGAAUGGAACAGGGCCCGUAGAUGAAAGGUCACCGUUUGCGCAGAUCGGCAGACACUCGCAGCGCAACAACGCUAGCAACAACAACAACGACAAGAAACGCAGCUUUGCAGCGUUCGGAUCACCCAACAAGUCGAGCGCAUUUCCCAGCCUUCGCGAUCCCAAUUCUCAGCCACACUACUUUUCGUCGCCCAAACCUCUGCCACUACCGCCGUCUAUGAGAAACAAUCCUUUGUUCUCUACUCCGAGGAAACUUGACGUGGACGACUUUGCUUCUUCUGGCGGCGAGACUCCCAAAUCACCUGAACGCAACGACGUCGACAGUGACGCUACACCAGACAUGAGCCUCCGAUCAAAGUUCUCCAAUCUGGACACGAUGAGCAAGCCCUCAUUGGCAUCAACGAAGCCUGCACCGGUCUUCACUGCUGGGGGAAAGAAGGAGAAGGAUAGAGAGUCACCUUCACGUCGUCAGAGUUGGUGGAAGGGCCUCAAAGACAUGACAUCCUCACCACGAUCAAAGAACGACUACGCACAUGGAGCCGAGCGUAAAAUCAUGAAGAGAAGGAGUAAGGAACAGAAUGCUCUGGUCAUGAGACGAGACAGCAUUUCGGACUCCGAGCCCGAGCCUGUCUCUGAGCCAAAGCCACUUCAGGUUGUCAAGCCACGCAAGGUGAGCAGCAAGCAGGAUAAGACCCUGGACAUGCCGGCAGCACCGCAAGAGCAACUAGAUCAGCAGCAGCAGCAGCAGCAACAACCACCUCAACAACCUCACAGCAAGCACUGGACCUUGACCUUAUUCGAAUUCAUCACCGCGCACCCAACAUUACCUCACGUCCUCUCUUUCUACGCACAACUACUUCUCAACAUGUUUCUCAUCGGCAGCAUCAUGUAUAUCCUGUACAGUUUCUGGGCCACCAUCCGCGGCGACGUCGACAAGAAGACGAGCAUUGCUGUUGCCGAAGUGCUCUCACAAAUGGCUGCAUGCGCAAGAGAUUACAACGCGAAUAGCUGUGAUCCGUCAACCCGGCCGCCAGUGCUGGAGAACGCUUGCAACAACUGGGCACAAUGCAUGAACCAGAACCCUCACAAUGUCGGUCGCGCGCGCAUCAGUGCCCAUGCAUUUGCAGAAAUCUUCAAUAGCUUCAUUGAGCCCAUCUCCUACAAAGCCAUGCUCUUCACCGUCCUCCUCAUCUUCGGCACUAUUGCAGGCUCAAACUUUGCCUUUAGCGUCUUCCGUGACAAGGCCGCUGAGCAUGCUAGUGCACAGCAUCAUCAUUAUUACAAUGGCGCUCCUCCACCUACACCUCAACACUCCUAUAACCCGGCGUUGGAGUGGGGGAACCCUUACCAACAAGGUCAACAAUUAGGCCUUGAAGCUGCUCCUAGUGGAUAUGGUGGUGGUGAGAGGGAAAAUUCGCCAGUCAGGAGGUUGCAAUUUCGCUGA